AUGAAUGCCAAUGGAUCGGAAUUCAUACUCAAUAUUUACUUCCACAAUACUUUCUUUGCGAUCACGAAUAUUCAGGACAUGCUGGAAACUCUUUGUAAUACCAUGUGGUAUUCUGAUUGGUUAAAGGCAUUUUUGAGACCAAUUAGGUCAAAGUUCACUGGGGCAGGUCAAAGUGUGCGGUCACAAGUAAAAGAAAAACAUGUGAGAUAUCUGAUACAUUACAAUGGUUGGAACAAAAAUUGGGAUGAGUGGGUACCAGAAAGCAGAGUACUCAAGUUUAAUGAGGCAAAUUUACAAAAACAGAAAGAACUUCAAGGACACCACUCUUCCAAAUUAAAGGCCCAGGCUGAUAAGAUUAAACUGGAGUUAAACAAGAACAAUGAAAGGACUGAUAAGAAAGGCAGGCGACCUAAACUUGGUGGAUUCACCAAAAAGCCGGAGAAAGAAAAAGAAAGGGAAAGAUCAUCCACACCGACUGUUGAUAAGCAACCACCACCGCCACCACCACCACUGCUAUCCCCACAGCAACAACAACCACUGCCAUCACAACAGCAAAAGAAAGCUAGUGCAUCAAGCGAUACAUCAUCCACAACGUCGGAUCCCCCAAAGAGAAAGCGUGCCCGAAUGGAUGCCUCCAUUGAGAGUGAAGAAUCUUUUUUGAACCGAGUUGAAAUAAAAGUUAAAAUUCCCACAGAAUUGAAGCCUGUCUUGGUAGAUGACUGGGAUCUUAUUACGAGACAAAAACAACUGGUCCACCUUCCUGCGAAAACUAGUGUGGAUCAGAUAUUAGACGAUUACCUCAAGUACAAAACCUCUCGAGGACAGACACCAGCCAAUAAAGAGAGUGCUAUUAUAGAAGUGUCCCAAGGAAUCAAAGAGUACUUCAAUGUCAUGUUAGGAACACAAUUAUUGUAUAAAUUUGAAAGACCUCAGUAUGCAGAG